AUGGAUCGUUCCACACUUCGACAACGCGCCCCGACUUCUCGUCGAACGCGGUUAGAGGCCUCUUAUCCCUACCCCCCUCGCCAUCAUCUGCGUCCUACCAAUCAGCGUCAAGAACUUGCGGAUGCUGUGCGUCAUAUCCCAAACGACGAUAACGACGAGGACCAGAGGGUGAUCGAGAUCCUACUCGGUCUUUUGAUAUUGCAUGUGAUGGAGGACAUACUGAUUUCUUGUGAUACAUACUGUGUAUAA